CCAUUACCCUUAUCACCAUUCCCAUCCCCAUCCCAUCUCAAUUCCCCAUCUCCCCCAGCUAGCCUUCAUCAAACCCAACCGCGCUGUCUCCUGUUUCAUAUCUAGCUACCCUGUUGCCCUUCUGGGAACUGGGAAGCAGCAGCCGCCCCGACCCACAACCCCAUCUCUCUCUCUCUGGCUUACUGCAGAAACCAAGCCAUUAGAGAGGUGCUUACUGGUUACUUGCUCAGUCACGGUUACGGCUAUGGUGGGUGAGUCCACAUAUGAUGGAGCUGUUCUGUUGCUAGCUGCCCGCUUCUGAUCUCUCUCCUGCUGCCUGCACUCUCAUGUGAAAACGGGGUCUAGUUAGAAUGAAGGGCUUCUCUAUGUAGAUGUACUUGUGAGCUAACUUUGCUCGGUUGGCCAGCGCUGUGCAUUUAUGAAUGUGUAUUAAGUUGGGCGUGGGAGAAGCUAGCUAGGGUCCGUGAGCUGAUGGCUUCAUCAAUCAUGAUCGAUCAGAGAUGAUCACCCAAAUCAAAAUAAGACAACUUAAGAAUUUAGACAUCGGUCGAUCUGGGUAGCUAGCUAGGUUUACUGAGUAAUUAGCAAAUUAGUAAUGGCAUUUGGCGGGCAACAGAGGGAGAUGAAAACGGCACCAUCAGAUCAUCACUCUCUGGGCUACAUUAGCCCCAUCCAUGAAUCUUCUUCGCUCCUCCUGCGAACAGAUCAGAGAAGAAACUCUUCUAAUUACACCAACAUUCACGCCAUCUUCGGCGGCAGCACCGAAAGUACCCCAGACGAUCACCCACAGAGUUACCAACACCCAUCAUCAUCGCUCGGCGAAGCUAGAGAUCCGGACGUCGACACCAAGAAGCCACCGUUGAAGGCCACCGCCACCGCUAGGUACUUGGAAUGCCUCAAGAACCACGCCGCCAGCACCGGUGGCAACGUCGUCGACGGCUGCUGCGAGUUCAUGCGCAGCGGCGAAGAAGGCACCCCCGAAGCUUUCCGGUGCGCGGCUUGCAACUGUCACCGGAACUUCCACCGGCGAGUCGUCGAGGGUGACGCCCAAUUUCUGAGAGGCGCUACCAGUGCCAUGGUCCAUCCGCUUCAGCUCCCGUCGCCGCUGUCGGCCGCGGUUCUGCUUCAGCAGCAGAAGAUUUCGAUGGGGUCGUUACAUGCUAGCCCUUUGGCGGCGGCGGUUCAGCCCAUGACGGUGGCGUUUGGGGGCAGUGUGGGGGCGGAGUCGUCGAGCGAGGAUCUGAAUGUGGGGGCGCCGCCGCCGCCGCCUCCGGGAGCGGUGCUGGGUGGGUCCAAGAAGCGGUUCAGGACGAAGUUCACGCAGGAGCAGAAGGAGAGGAUGCUGGAGUUUGCGGAGAAGAUGGGGUGGAGGAUUCAAAACCAGAGCGAAGAAGAAAUCCAAAGGUUCUGCGCAGAGGUUGGGGUGAAGAGACAAGUUCUCAAAGUCUGGAUGCACAACAACAAGAACUCCGUAAAGCAGCAGCAGCAGCAGCAGCAGCAUCCGCAGCCGCAGCCGCAGCCGCAGCAGGAGCAAUUGUAAGCGCGUUGGAUUGUAAGAUUGAUCAAGCUAGCUCGAGUGAUAUAUUCAUUGCUUAGAGAAAUGAAUUAUGAAUUAUUCUUCUGUUACAUCCAUUAUGAAUUCUUGAAUCAUGUAGCAUUUGUUUUCAAACAAAGAUUAUUCUUAUGUUUUUUUUUUCAAA